AUGGUAGGAAUCUUUGAGCCUUGAUUAGAGCUAAACGGCAUUCGUCGUGACAUGAAAAACAACGACGACAAAUAAAAACCCCAAAAAAGAGCCAUGACACGUGACAAGCGUGUGGGUCCUACCACCAUUGUUAACGACACUAUUUCCAAUUAAAACGCCGCCGUCCGUUCAUUUCAACGCUAAACCUUCUCUCUCUCUAAAAUCCAAUCAUUUCCUCAAAGACCAAACAAAAAUACGAAAAAAAAAAAAAAAGAACUCUUUGUUUCUCACGCACACACAAACACCACCACUAAUCCCCAAUCUUAACACAUUUUCCCGAGAAAAUCCCUAUUUUCUCUCUCAGAUUCCAGGAAUCAGAAUUUUCCACUCUAGGUCACAUAGCUCCUGAUUCUUUCCGCCGAUCAAUUUUCAUCGUUUCCGAUCCUUAACAAUCCAAUUCCGAAUCUGGUUUUGGAUUCUCAAUGCUUCGGAUUCGUCUUCUGGAAUGAGUUUUCUGAAAAUUUCGUAUUUAGAUUUCCUCAACAAUCUCACCGUUUAGAUUCCUUUCUUCAAUUUUAAGCUUCUCGUAGUGUGAGUAUGUAUCAUGCAAAGAAGUUUCCUGAGGCAACAAUGAUGCCUCAUAAAUCUCAAGGUGGAGGAGCUGAACAGCUUGCAAAUGUUGGUGUUUUGAGUGGAUCUGCUGUGAAAAAUGUUGCCCCUGCACCCGCACCCGCACCUUCUGGUGGUGGUGGGAAACAGCGUCUGCGUUGGACGUCUGAUCUUCAUGAUCGUUUUGUGGAUGCUAUUACACAGCUUGGUGGACCAGAUAGAGCAACACCAAAAGGUGUUCUGAGAGUGAUGGGUGUACCUGGACUGACCAUUUAUCACGUUAAAAGCCAUUUACAGAAGUAUCGCCUGGCGAAGUACUUGCCUGAAUCACCAGCUGAUGGUAAAGAUUCUAAAGAUGAGAAAAGGAAUUCUGGAGACAGUAUUUCUGGCGCUGAUUCUUCCCCGGGAUUGCAAAUCAACGACGCACUAAGAAUGCAGAUGGAGGUUCAGAAACGUCUGCAUGAACAGCUUGAGGUUCAAAAGCAAUUACAAAUGAGAAUUGAAGCUCAGGGUAAAUACUUGCAAAAGAUCAUAGAGGAACAGCAGAAAUUAGGUAGUACCUUGCCAGCCUCAGAAACGCUUUCAUUGCCCCAUGAUAAGCACAAUCAUACCCAGCCAGAGCCUUCUGGGUCUAGUGACGCCCUUGCAGGCACUUUUUCUCCACUUAAGAAGCAGAGAAUUGAUGAAGGUCCGAAGGAUGGCUUCACUGCAUCCCAAGUUACAAGAGAGAGUGCAGAGAAGAAUGAUUGUAAUGUUGGUCGUUUAGAUCCGAACUUGUAUGAAGAUGAUGAUGCUGGCUUCGGAUUUGAUUUAGAGACAGAAAACGAUGACAACAAUGAGAGUGAGUAGUAACAAUUAGGUUCUGUUUGUAGAUCAACUUGUUUCUUAUUGUAAUAUCUGGUAGAAAAUACAAUCAUGUUUUUGUAUAUUAUACUCCAUGCAAUCCAUUUGUAUAUAUUAAUGUAGAAAUAGAUGCAUUCUUCUCUCCUGUUGUGGGAAUGGUAAACACUGCACACUCUCACAGUCAACAGAAAUGCAUUGACAUGCAUUGUACAUGUGGUCAUGGAUGAUGAAUGUUAAGAGCUUCACACUAGUCAUCAUUUAUCAAUGUUUGGGUUGUUAUUGUCCAAGUUAAUAUAAAAGUUUUCAAUUAGC